UGAGCCCUGGAAUCGAUUCGUAUUAUCACUGGACUGUUUUUGCUGAGACUUUCUCUGGCUAGUGCUCUGGUUUCUGGUUGAGGUCUUGAAUGGCCACUUUGCAUUUUUAUCAUUAUCUUCCAAAGCUCCCGUUUAAAUGAGAGACACUUUUAACAUUUUCAAAUUGCUGUUGCUAUGUACGAGUUCUUGUCCUGUCUUCAAAUACUGUGGCUGCUCAAGAGCUCAGCUACUGGAAGAGUACUGCGUACACUACUCCUUAUCAAUUUAUAGAACAGUGAGAAAAGGAAAUGUCUCCGUCAGACUCAUUAUCAUGAAUGUCGGCAGUCCUCAAAUAGAUAAGACAAGAAGGUCCUAAGUCUAGUAACCAUGCCAAUUCAGAAGAUCUGUUGCAUUGGUGCUGGAUAUGUCGGAGGUCCUACAUGCAGCGUCAUUGCUCUCAAAUGUCCUGAUAUUAAAGUGACAGUUGUGGACAAAAGUCAAGAACGAAUUGAUCAAUGGAACUCAGAAAAGCUCCCUAUAUAUGAGCCGGGUCUCUAUGAUGUUGUAAAGCAACGCCGAGGUGAAAAUCUUUUCUUUUCCACUGAUAUUGAUAAUGCUAUCAAAGAAGCAGAUCUCAUCUUCAUUUCUGUCAAUACCCCAACAAAGACAUUUGGAAAUGGAAAGGGCCGUGCUGCUGACUUGAAGUAUGUCGAAUCUGCUGCUAGGAUGAUUGCUGAGGUAGCUAAUUCAAGUAAAAUCGUUGUUGAGAAAAGCACAGUGCCUGUGCGAGCAGCUGAAAGUAUCAGCAACAUUUUGACUGCAAACACAUUUAACAAACCUAAUGUAAAAUUCCAGAUAUUAUCAAACCCUGAGUUCUUAGCAGAAGGGACAGCAAUUAAUGACCUUCUCUAUGCUGACCGGGUACUUAUUGGUGGAGAGGACAGUGCUGAGGGUCAUGCUGCUAUUGAAGAACUUUGUAAGGUGUAUGAAAGAUGGUUACCACGCAAAAAUAUUCUAACCACCAACACUUGGUCCUCGGAGCUAUCAAAACUGGCUGCUAAUGCAUUCUUGGCACAAAGAAUUUCUAGUAUUAAUUCACUCUCAGCUGUCUGUGAAACAACUGGAGCUGAUGUAUCGGAGGUUGCCCGUGCUGUUGGUUGGGAUUCCCGCAUUGGGCCCAAGUUUUUACAAGCAUCAAUUGGAUUUGGUGGAAGCUGCUUCAAGAAAGACAUCCUCAACUUGGUUUACAUCUGUGAAGGCCUUAAUCUGCCUGAAGUUGCUGCUUACUGGCAACAAGUUAUUGAUAUGAAUGACUAUCAGAAGUCACGUUUCUCAGCUAAAGUAAUUGAAUCCCUAUUUAACACAGUGACUGACAAGAGGAUAACACUUCUGGGUUUUGCUUUCAAGAAAGAUACUGGUGAUACUCGUGAGUCCCCUGCCAUAGAUGUAGCAAAGACUCUUCUUGAUGAAGGAGCUAAGCUCCAUGUCUAUGACCCAAAGGUGGAGCACAGUCAAAUUCUGGAAGACCUGACACAUCCUCAGGUGACUGAGGAACCGGAACAUGUGAGAAAGUCUUUGACCAUUCACUCUGACCCUUAUGAAGCAACUGCUGGAACACAUGCUAUUGUGCUGUGUACAGAGUGGGAUGAAUUUGUUAGCUUGGACUAUCAGCGCAUUUAUGAGGGUAUGAUGAAGCCAGCUUACGUGUUUGAUGGACGAAAAAUCUUGGAUCACCAGAAACUGCAGAGCAUAGGCUUCAUUGUACAAACUAUAGGAAAACGACUAUCCCGCAAUAGCCCAAACCGGGUAUGGGGUAGCAAAGCCCAAAUAUAAGUGUUUGUGUAACAAAAUUUAAAUUGAACUGAACCAUUAUUGACCACAUUUACAUCAUAGUACUUUAGUUUUUGGAAUAUCUUAUUUUGGUCCAGUAAAUAUCAUUGUUCUGUUAACUGUUGCUUGACAGCUACGUGCAAUUAAAUGUUAUGUUUAGUGUGGGGUUGUUUAGCACUAAGGUAAGUAAUGCUGUCAAUUAAUAUGUUUUAUUACAUCACAAAUUGUUCCCCAGCACCUAGCCCUUUCCAGAAAAUCAUGCAUUUGUUAUGUUAGUUAAUCAUUUUAAUAUUUAAGUCAUUUUCUUUUUAAGUUAUUUAUUGAUUGUAAAUAAUUUUUGAAGAAAACUCAAGCUGUUACAACAAAACCAGUCCUAGAUCAGUCCUGGCCAUUAGUGUUUGUUCUGUAAGCUCAUCACAUUGUUACAUCAAUCCAGUAUUUUAUCAGAUUGUAUUUAUGUAGUUUGUCUCAUAUUGAGAAAACAUAAUUUCCUUUGAAAUGUCGUAUGGCUUCUUGUCCUCAUAUCACAGCUCUGUCUUUGAUUGACAGCUACUUUGUCUUAUAUAUCUUAGUUCAGUGUGCACAGUUUAAUGUGUUGAAAAUCAUCUUUUGUGUGGUUUCAAGAAGGGGAUAGUAUUUUCUGACCUCAUGAGAUUCUCCUUUCCAUUUUAAAUGGCUGUAAAGAGUGCAGAAUUGUUUUCAAUGUCUUAUUCUGUUUUGAAGCAGUGUUCAUGAAUGAAAGUUGUGAUUGAAUGUGUAUCUGAUAUCUCCUCAUCGUUGUUGACCUUCGACACUUGACCUUUCUAGUGAUCCAACUUAAUUUCAUUUCGCGGCACUCUGUGUGUGGAAGUAAACUUUGACCCCACGUCAUUAUCUGUCUUGAAUCUUAAUUCAUCUUGACUUGUUGACAUUGUGUCUUCAUGUGAAUGGGUUUUCAUGCUGAUUGUAGUAUAUUUGUGUUUUUGAUUGACUUUUAUUAUUGUUGACUGAACGUUUUGUUUUGUUAAUUUCAACCAAAAAUAAUUUCAGUCCGUCCAUGAAGAAUGGCAAUAGUUGAUGUUUUGUAUUUUAUACUUGAAGAGUGUGUUAAUAAGUUUUAGAAAUAAUUAUUACGUCAUGUUUUAUGUAUCAUGUGUGACUUGGCACUAUUAAUUUGCAUGUGUGAAAAAGAUGUAUUGAUAUUUUAAGAAAGAUUCAGUAUGUCUUUCCAUUAAAACAAGUGCAUUGGUCUGCAUGUGAACAACCCACAGCCUUUUGAGAUUGUUGCUGUUGAAAGUGGAUGUGUUAUGGCCUCACAGUAUUAAGCAUUGAGUUGCAUUGAAGCAUUUUGGUAGAAGAUUUUUCUGUAGUCGGACUUUUAACAUAAAGGCAUGACGGUUUUUUAGAACCAUAUAAUUUUUUUAAGGUUUUGUGUCAAAUUUUAUUUGAAAAUUGAUUGUUUUCUCAUGUUUCUUAAGUUAAUGAGUACUUCUGUUGAGUGAUUUAAAGUCUAAAAUCCUUGAUUGUGUGAACGCACUGUCUUUUUAUCCUGGUAUUUAUGUUGUGUACUUCUUUCUGUAGAUUCUUACUGUGAUCCCUAGAAAUAAAUUACAAAUAUUCUCUUCGUA